AUGCAGAUCUGCCACCUCACUUUUGAAAACGCGUGUUUUUCUGCGGACCUGGCAACCCGCCGCGCCGGUCAGACCGCACUUACUGCGCAGACUCCAAACUCAUGGCGGACGAAGUUGAACAGCAACCAACUACCAACACGGUCGAGGAGCCGCUCGAUCUGAUCAGACUCAGUCUCGAUGAGAGGAUCUACGUCAAGAUGAGGAACGACCGGGAGCUUCGCGGCCGACUGCAUGCCUACGAUCAGCACCUGAACAUGAUCCUGGGUGACGUGGAGGAGACGGUGACGACGGUGGAGAUCGAUGAGGAGACAUACGAAGAACUCUACAAGUCGACCAAGAGGAACAUCCCCAUGCUGUUCGUCAGAGGAGACGGCGUCGUCCUCGUCGCUCCGCCUCUCAGGGUGGGCUAACCCUCUGACCACUUACCUGGUGUGAGGGAGCGUUUGUGACAGCUGGGACGUGUCUCGCCUUGAGGAGGAAGGGAGGGAGGUGCUGUCAUGACGGGCUGAAACAGGGGUUCAAACAUGUUCAGACUCCUCUGUCAUCACCGACCUCUCGUGGUUCGAAGGUCAGACACGACACGAAUUCUCAACUUUUCUUUUGUGGGGCUGCAAAGGUGUCAAAAAAAAAAGACUUUUUCUCUUAGUUUUGGACUAAGAGGGUCUAUAAUUUAGUUUCUAUUUGAGCUAAUUGUUAUUAAAUUGAUUUAAAGAUCAUGGCUGAGUUCACAUUCACGUUCUGUUUCUCAGGAUUUUUCAUUUGAAGUCGCUCAGCGCAGCAGUUCAUAGAUUUUCCGUCUCUGCGAGUAGCAGACCAAAAUACAAACGUCUCAUCAUGGUUUUAAGUAGCUGAACUGCCUCGUGUCUCUACGUGAACGUGUUUCGGUCUCGUGUCGAAGAAGAAGAAUCACCGGACAACAAACUGAGCAGAAAAGCUUUUGUUAUUUUUGAUUUUGAAACUUUGAACGUUGGUUCUUCUACUGCAAACCCCGUGACCUGUGAAUAUUUGGGAAGUCGUUUGAGUUUCUCUGAAAUGGUUUUAGGUUGUUUUUUUUUGUUUUGCUUUUUUUAAAAUGUAUUUUUGUAGUUUGUGGGACUUCAUGCGCAGACGUGUAAACAUGUUUUCAUUUGGUAACUUGAAUAAAAAAA